AUGAGCUCUGUCGCUGAAAACAUAAUACAUCAGGCCACUAAUAAUUCUACAUUACACCAAUUGGCUAAGGGUGGGUCCUCCUUCGGUGUCACCAAAGCCUUCAACGUCCUGGAUGCACUUAAGUCAAUGUCAUAUUUGAAAAUCUUUGCCACUUUGAUCUGUAUUCUUUUGGUUUGGGACCAAGUAGCAUAUCAAAUUAARAAGGGCUCCAUUGCUGGUCCAAAGUUCAAGUUCUGGCCCAUUAUUGGUCCAUUUUUGGAAUCCUUGGAUCCAAAAUUUGAAGAAUAUAAGGCAAAGUGGGCAUCUGGUCCACUUUCAUGUGUCUCUAUUUUCCACAAAUUCGUCGUUAUCGCAUCCACUAGAGAUUUGGCAAGAAAGAUCUUACAAUCCUCCAAGUUUGUUAAACCAUGUGUUGUUGAUGUUGCUGUGAAAAUCUUAAGACCUUGUAACUGGGUCUUUUUGGAUGGUAAGGCCCACACUGACUAUAGAAAAUCAUUGAAUGGUCUUUUCACUAAACAAGCUUUGGCCCAAUACUUACCUUCAUUAGAAGUAAUCAUGGAUAAAUAUAUGGAAAAAUUUGUUCGUUUAUCAAAGGAGAAGAAUUAUGAACCUCAAGUCUUUUUCCAUGAAAUGAGAGAGAUUCUUUGCGCCUUAUCAUUAAACUCUUUCUGUGGUAACUACAUCACUGAGGAUCAAGUCAGAAAGAUUGCCGAUGAUUACUAUUUAGUCACAGCAGCUUUAGAAUUAGUCAACUUUCCAAUUAUCAUCCCUUUCAGUAAGACAUGGUACGGUAAGAAAACCGCUGACAUGGCUAUGAAGAUUUUUGAAAACUGUGCUCAAAUGGCAAAGGACCAUAUUGCCGCUGGUGGUGAACCAGUUUGUGUUAUGGAUGCUUGGUGUAAAUUGAUGCAUGAUGCAAAGAACAGUAACGAUGAUGAUGCCAGAAUAUUUCACAGAGAAUUCACCAACAAGGAAAUUUCAGAAGCUGUUUUCACUUUCCUAUUUGCCUCUCAAGAUGCCUCCUCCUCUUUGGCUUGUUGGUUGUUCCAAAUUGUAGCUGAUCGUCCAGAUGUUUUAGAAAAGAUUAGAGAAGAACAAUUGGCUGUUCGUAACAACGAUAUGUCUACUGAAUUGACUUUGGAUGUGAUUGAAAAAAUGAAAUACACUAACAUGGUCAUCAAGGAAACUCUACGUUACAGACCCCCUGUCUUAAUGGUUCCAUACGUUGUUAAGAAAAAUUUCCCAGUUUCUUCCAAUUACACUGCACCAAAAGGCGCUAUGUUGAUUCCAACCUUGUACCCUGCUUUACAUGACCCUGAAGUUUACGAAAAUCCAGAUGACUUUAUUCCUGAAAGAUGGGAAGAAGGCUCAAAGGCUAGUGAAGCAAAGAAGAAUUGGUUGGUUUUCGGUUGUGGUUCACACGUUUGUUUAGGUCAGACUUAUGUCAUGAUCACUUUCGCUGCCUUAUUGGGUAAAUUUGCUCUAUCCACCGAUUUCCAUCACAAAGUAACUCCAUUAAGUGAAAAGAUCAAGGUUUUCGCCACCAUUUUCCCUAAAGAUGACUUAUUGUUGACUUUCAAAAAGAGAGACCCAAUUACUGGUGAAGUUUUCGAAUAA